UUUGUUUUUUUUUCCUCUCCAAUCCAAGAAACCAAAUUUAACUUUUUUUUUUUUUUCAUUUUCUCUCUUUCCAAACAACAAACACUUCUCUCUCACUCUACACAUUAUUAUUUGUAAAUAAAUAAAUCUCUUUACCCUCUCUAUAUAUUCAUCCAUAGAUCUCACCAUUUGCCUUCCUCCCUCAUUCCACCUCCCUAUUUUCUUAGCUUCAACAGACCCAGAAGACAAACAAAAAGGCCAAAGGAAGGAAAGGGAGGAAGAAACAGAGAAAGGAGAAGUAUUGUGAGAAACAAAGAAGGGAUCGAAAAUGGGUUCGGUUCCACCAGAACUGAGCUUGGAUUUGAGACCAACUUUUGUACCCAAAACGAUCAGUAAUUUCCUCAAGGAGGUUUCAAUGGUCGGAAACGUUUCUGACAAGGUUUCAAAAGUCGAUGCUUUUGUCAAAGGAUUGGAAGAAGAAAUGAGAAAGAUCGAUGCUUUUAAACGUGAACUUCCUCUUUGCAUGCUCCUUCUGAAUGAUGCGAUUGUAGCUUUGAAAGAGGAGUCAAUGCAAUGUGUAACAAGAAAUGUUGCACCAAUUUUAGAAGAAUUUAUUCCGUUGAAGAACGACAAGAAGGAAAAUAAACACAGUGAAGAAGAUGAUGCGUCAAUUACCGCCAAAAAGGAUAAAGAUCCUAACAACAACAACUACAAUAUUAAUAAAGACAAGAAAAAUUGGAUGAGUUCCGUUCAGCUUUGGAACACUGAUGAUGAUGAUUAUCGCUCCACUGAUCACAAACUAGACACUAAGAGAAACGAUGAAGAUCCAUUCCAAGGAUGUAAAAACAGGGGAGCAGCGAGGGCAUUUAUGCCAUUCAAGGCAAAUUUGGGUUUUGCGGUGAGGAAAGAAGAAAAAGAGGAGAUACCAGUUCACGGACUAACGCUUUUGACUCCUGGAAUGAAGAAUCUGAAAGAGGAAUCAGGUUCUACAGGAUCCAGGACAAGUUGUAGCAGAGCAGUUUCAUCUUCUGCCCCCAAUGCUCACUCGAAUUUUCGGUCUGGACCACAGCCGCUGGCCCAUCACCACCAGCAGCAACAGCAACAACAGCAGACUGCUAGGAAGCAAAGGAGGUGCUGGUCACCUGAGUUGCAUCGCCGGUUUGUCAAUGCCUUGCAGCAGUUAGGAGGCUCUCAAGUGGCCACCCCAAAGCAGAUUAGGGAACUUAUGCAAGUAGAUGGUUUGACCAAUGAUGAAGUUAAGAGUCAUUUGCAGAAAUAUAGACUUCACACAAGAAGACUUCCACCUUCCACAACCACCCCCGCUAAUCAAUCAGUCGUUGUUUUGGGGAGUGGUCUGUGGAUGUCCCAAGAUCAGUAUGGAGAAUCCUCAAAGGGGAGCAGUUCUCAGUCCGGUUCUCCUCAAGGUCCUCUGCAAUUAGCCACAAAUACUGGAGGGACCUCCACUACAGGAGGUGACAGUAUGGAAGAUGAUGAAGAUGCAAAGUCUGAGGGCUAUAGCUGGAAAAGCCAUAUUCACAAACCCGGAAAAGAUGAUGUAUAGAGUUUAUCCACCAUGAAUUUUGCAGAUAAAAGUAUACAUGGGAGGAGUUCAUGACUAUAAAAAAUUAUAUACUAUUACUAUAUAAUCCAUAAAAGGAGAAGGAUCUUGAGAAAUGAGAGAGGCUGUUAAAUUUUGCAGGAUUAGCUUUCCUUCUAUCUUGAACUGAGUUUUGUUUUAUUCCGGAA